CUGUUGUGUUCCCGGUUCAUACGCCAUGUCGCUCUUCCUGGGCCUGGACAGUUCCACCCAGGGCUUGAAGGCCACAGCAGUCCGGAGAGAGGACUUGCAGGUCUUCAAGCGUUACGCGGUGAACUUUGACAAGGAUCUCCCGCAUUACAAGACCUCCGGUGGCAUGUCUGCUUCUAGCAAUUCGGCGAGAGUGACCUCUCCUACGCUGAUGUGGAUUGAGGCCCUGGAUCUCAUUCUCAAGAAGAUGCAGGAUGAUGCCUUCCCAUUCAGCGAGGUCCUGGCAGUUUCGGGGAGCGGCCAACAACACGGGUCGGUAUACUGGGCCAAAGGCUCUGGGGAGCUUUUGGGCUCGCUGGACGGCGCCCAGCCGUUGACAAAGCAGCUGGCCAGCGCUUUCGCGCGCUCUGAGUCGCCGAUAUGGGCGGACUCCUCAACAGGCGCCCAGUGCGCCCGCGUGGAGAAGGCCUUGGGCCGCUCGCGUUUGGCGCAGGCCACAGGCUCCCGCGCCUAUGAGCGCUUCACUGGCAUGCAGAUCGCGAAGAUCCUCGAGGAAGAGCCGUCAGUCUACGCUGGCUGUGAGCGCAUCUCCCUGGUUUCAUCCGCCAUGUGCUCUGUCCUCUUGGGCGCCUAUGCGCCUCUGGACACCUCGGAUGGCUCUGGCACAAACCUGAACCAGCUGCAGGAGCUGGGCGGCCGUGGCUGGUUCGUGCCUGCGCUGGAAGCGGUGGCCGGCGACGCGGCAGGGCUCCGGCGGCGCCUCGGCCCGGGCCUGUGCUCUGGCCACGAAGGUUUGGGCUGCGUGGCACCAUACUUCUGCAAGCGGUACGGCUUUUCCGAAUCCUGCCUGGUAGUGGCCUGGUCCGGGGACAACCCCAACUCCCUGGCCGGGCUUGGGCUGCAUGAGCCCGGGGACGUCGCCGUGUCUCUGGGCACCUCCGACACCAUGUUUGCGCUCAUGGCCGUCGCGUCGCCGGGCGAAGAUGGCAUGGUGCUGCGGAAUCCGGUGGACCCCACAUCUUUCAUGGGAAUGCUGGUCUUCAAGAACGGCUCAUUGUCGCGCGAGGUGGUGUUGAAGGAGCAUUGCGCUGGCCAAUGGGAGCAAUGGGAAAAGAUGCUGGCCAACACCAAGCCUGGCAACAGUGGAGCCAUGGGUUUUUACUUCCACAACCCUGAGAUCACUCCUACGACAGGUGACAAGUCCGGCAUCUUUCGAUUCGGAAGCGAUGACAAGGAGCUGGACAGCUUCCCGGGGCCUACAGAGGUGCGCGCGGUAGUGGAGAGCAAAGUCCUGGCAAUGAAGGCCUUUGCCCAGGGCAUCGGUCUGGCCCCCUCGGAGGUGAAGCGCAUCAUCGCCACCGGCGGAGCCUCUGCCAGCCAGGGCAUUCUGCAGGUGCUUGCGGACGUGUUUGGCGUGCCGGUGUUCACGUUGGAUCAGACGGACUCCGCCUCCCUGGGUGCCGCCUUCCGGGCCUGUCACGGCUUCAGGUGUGCAACGGAAGGCUUCGUUCCUUUCUCCACGGUGCUGGCCGGCAAGCUGCAGUACAAGCUGGCGGCAGAGCCGUCUGCCGAGGACGCCUAUAGGGAUGCGCUGCCUCGGUACCUGCGGCUGCAGAAAGAAGUGCUGGCGCAGCUCGCGGGCGGUGACCCGAAGCGCGUCAGGAGCUGAGAGUUUCGGCUUGCGCUCUGAUGCGCACCAAAGCGGCGGCAUGCA